GCGGGGCGCAGGGGCGGCGCGGCCGGGUGGCGGGUCGGGCGGGUAGGCGGACGGCGCCGUGGGGCGAGGCCCGGCUGCAGGGGCCGCUUGGCCCAGAGGGAGCCCGCGCCCGGCUCAGCCUUGCAGCCCCGCGCCCUGAGCAUCUCCCGGAGGACCCGAGACAAAGGAGGAUUCAUGUCCAAAGGGCUCCCAGAGGCCAGGACGGACGCAGCUAUGUCAGAGCUGGUACCUGAGCCCAGGCCUAAGCCGGCAGUGCCCAUGAAGCCGGUCAGCAUCAACUCUAACCUGCUAGGCUACAUCGGCAUUGACACCAUCAUCGAACAGAUGCGCAAGAAAACCAUGAAGACUGGUUUUGACUUCAACAUCAUGGUCGUUGGCCAGAGUGGACUGGGCAAGUCAACGCUGGUCAACACACUCUUCAAGUCCCAAGUGAGCCGAAAGGCCUCCAGCUGGAAUCGGGAGGAGAAGAUCCCUAAAACUGUAGAGAUCAAAGCGAUUGGGCAUGUGAUAGAGGAAGGUGGUGUCAAAAUGAAGCUGACAGUCAUCGACACACCAGGCUUCGGGGACCAGAUCAACAAUGAAAACUGCUGGGAGCCCAUUGAGAAAUACAUCAAUGAGCAGUAUGAGAAGUUCCUGAAGGAAGAGGUCAACAUCGCCAGGAAGAAACGCAUUCCCGACACCCGUGUCCACUGCUGCCUCUACUUCAUCUCCCCCACAGGACACUCCUUACGACCUCUUGAUCUUGAGUUCAUGAAACACCUCAGCAAAGUGGUGAACAUCAUCCCUGUCAUUGCCAAGGCUGACACCAUGACCCUGGAGGAGAAGUCUGAAUUCAAGCAGAGGGUUCGCAAAGAGCUUGAAGUAAACGGCAUUGAGUUCUACCCUCAGAAGGAGUUUGAUGAGGAUUUGGAGGACAAGACCGAGAAUGACAAGAUCAGGCAGGAGAGCAUGCCCUUCGCUGUGGUGGGGAGUGACAAGGAGUACCAAGUGAACGGCAAGAGGGUCCUGGGCAGAAAAACACCCUGGGGGAUCAUCGAAGUGGAAAACCUCAACCACUGUGAGUUUGCCCUGCUUCGAGACUUCGUCAUCAGGACUCACCUCCAGGACCUCAAAGAAGUAACCCACAACAUCCACUAUGAGACUUACAGGGCCAAGAGGCUCAAUGACAAUGGAGGCCUCCCUCCGAACACAAAGCUGUACGCCUCAAUCAAGAGGUCUGGGGAAGAUUUUGUUUUAAAAUGCUGGGAGCAGGUGAACCACAGGCAACUCCUUCUUACUUCUGACCCACCCACAAACUGGGGCUGCAAAUAUUCUUCACAGACAGGUGGCUGAGCUAGCCUGUGGUGGGGUGUCGGGGUUCGGAACAACCUUCGCUGUGAGUUGGGGUGGCCUAGAGGAAGGCUAGGACUUCUUGGAAAAAUGAAAAGAAAGGUCAUGGGGAGCAGAGAAGAAUGCGGAGGGGGUUCCUGCAGGAUUAGUGCCUGGACAUGGAGCUCCACCCUUGGGUCUAUGUCAAGGUCGCUGUCAAGCAGCGCCGUCACCAUUACAGGCCACUGCUUUCUGUGUUCGCUUCGCAUCUCAGGCUGGUUGGUUGUCUCCUCUUCCCGAUUUCUCUCUCCACCCCUCCCCCAGCCGCCUUUCUUCAUAUAUUUGUACAUUCUCCAUCUCUCCUGCCUGUCUCUUCCCUUCACUUCCUUUUCGAGUAAUCUAUGUUAGCUUCGUUUCUGUAUUUAGAAGUCAUACCCAGUCUACUUCCUAAAUUGACUUUCUGCUGCCCUGAAAUAAAAUUAUAACUAGGGGGCUGAAGAGAUGCCUCUGUGCUUAAGAGCAACUUCCACUCUUGCAGAGGAUCCAGGUUCGGUUCUCAGCAUGUACUUGGCAGCUCAAGACUAUUUGUGACUCCCCUUCCAGAGGAUCAGAAGCCCUCUUUUAGCUGCCAUGAGCAUAGUGUAUACAUACAUACACAGAGACAAACUCUCAUAUGCAUAAGAUAAAAAUAAAUAAAUAAUUUUUAAAAAUCACAAGUAAAAGCAUGGGACAAUACACACUGAGACUGGAAGAGAAAUCAGAGCUUUAGGGAAUAUAAACGUCAGUUUCUGCAGCUGAACACUGAAAUUUGCCCUGAACUUGGGAGCAGCCUAGGCAAAUAGGGGAACUUGGUAACUUGGGCUGCCCGCCCCCAGUGUUCUGUUCAAGGAGGCACACACGCUGGCCAAGUGAGGCAGCUUUUGAGCGGAGGACGUUACGUUUUCGAACUAAUUCUGAAAUAUCAGAAAAAAUAUGUGGGAUUUCUUAGGGGGCUGGGCUAUGGAGACUCAUUCUAGGACAUGUUUCCCUUUCUCUAGAGCCUUCUUUCUGUGGUAAGCUGGCUUUUCUGUGGCUUUGCCUCAUAUAAACCUGAUUCAUUUUUCUCUGUUCUCAUUUGUCUGUCUUUCUCUGCUUCUCCCCCUGACCCAGUUCUCCCACCUUCUGACCCUGUGGACUUCCUGGGAACACCGCGACCGUACAUUUAGCCUUGUCUUGCCUCCUCUUUCAGGAGCCCUGUAGUAGUUAAUGCGCACGUCCACUGCUCCUUGCACACACGUUUUUCUUCCUGUAGUUUCUAAAGCUGCUUUAAGGAAAACAGUUUAGGCCUUAGGAAAGGGAAGCGACCAAGGGAUUCUGUUUAUAAUUGGUCUUAUCCACUAUCCCAUCCCCUGGUCCAGCCUGGGUGUUUAACUGGUCCUCACUGAAUGCUAGCAUUUAUAAUUUCAGUCCUUUAUCACUCAGGUGCUAGGAAAAACAAAAAAGAUGGAAGACCCAUGAUCCAGUGGACCAAAUGAAAGAGCAGGGAAUGAUCAGAUCAUGUGACCCCUAUCCUAUGGUCUUAGCCUCUCCUGGAGACUGCUCUCCCCUAUAUCUAGCCCUCACUCCUCAUCCCUACUUCCCCAUGAAGUUCCUCCAGAGCAGGCACCUGUCAGGCUAGAGUGGCGGCAGGGUUAUAGAGCUCCCUUACUACCCCAGCGAGCUGUCACGGAUGGCGACAUGGAACUGGGUGCCUAGGGCCAGCAGGGGAUAAGGAUGGUGGGCAUUGGAUAGGCUAAGCAGGAGAAUGGUACCUAACACCACCCCCCUCCCCCGGCUGUGGUCUCACUCUCCCCAGAGAAGCUGUUUUGUGUGUCUGCUGUGAGCUGCUGGUCUCCACCCCCUCAACCAUUCUCAACUCCCCUUGCAGGGAGAAGGCCUCCUGGGCACUGUCCUUCCGCCUGCACCAGCUCCCCCCUGCCCCACGGCUGAAUGAAGGCCAUUUCAAGCGCUGCUUCUCCCUCAUUCCUUCCAGCUGCCAUUGCUGUAGGGCCAAGCCCCUUUUAAUGCUGUGCUGGUCCAGCCCACCACCACAGCCCCUCUCGGCCCUCAGCAGGUGGGAGGGGCCAGCUGCCUCUUUAGGAUAGUAGCUUCCUCCAUGUAGCCAAACCACUCCUCUCCUCCUAAUGGAAUGGAGUUCACCUGCCAGCCAGCAUUGCCCUGCUCCAUCGUCCGUCAGCAGCCCCCGCCCAUGCGUAGAGAGAAGGGACUCACCGAGAGCUUCUCCUGCCCUUGCAAGCCCAUACCAGCGACUUGUAACCGUCUUUAAGGGACCCGGUAUUGCUCCCUAGCCAUUCAUCUGCAUGAGUACUCUUCUUGGCUCCCUCAAACGGUCAAGAAAGCAAUUUUUUUCUGCUUGUCAAAGUCACUGAGGUCAUCUGUGUGAGCCCUCCUGUGGGACAAGGGUGUCUCCUUCAUUGCUUAAAGGUAUUUAUAAGGGUGAUUCAUUACAGAUGUCGGGGAGCAAGAGAGCUAGCGUCACUUAAAAAAAAAACAAAAAAACAAAAAAACCCCCACCACUGGUGGCUGGCCCAGUGUGUGUAUGUAUGUGUGUGUGUAUGUGUAGAGAACCUGUUUACCCCCCAAAUACGGCCAUUUGGGAAGUGGUUUUCCUGAAAAGAUGUUGCUGGGUUUGACUUCCUUAUCCCCAAACUAAAAAAAAAAAAAAAAAAAAAAGUGAAUUAAACACACACACACACAAACCACCCCAAACCCACAAGCUAUACACUCUAGGAAGAAAAAUAGCACCCCUUUGUACAUUUAGCAAUAAGAGGGAUCUCUUCCCACCUACCCUGACCAUUCCUACUCCCAUCCCCCACCCUAUUAAUGUGAGCAAUGCACUAGCCUGACCUCAGGUGGUCGCUCUAGGCUAAUGGAAACUACUCAAUGGCGGGCCAAGCCCUCAUCAGAUGCAUGAAUGUUUGCGAAUGUUGGCUGCCACUGCCCCAUACACUGUGUCUUUAUAGAACCCUGCCUUGGCCGCCUCACCUGCCAUCGCCACCUGGAUACAACUUGCUCAGAGGCUGGUGACUUGUGGGCCAUUCAUCUACAAGUCCUGUUGGAACAAGAGGCCCAAGCCUAGAGGAUGCAGGAAUGACCCGUUUUUUUAAAAUGUUAUUGGUCCCCAGCCACUGUUUUGGUGAUAUUCCAAGUUUAAUUUCCCAGUUGAAAACAAGCCAACAGACACUCAGACUGGUCAUGUAAAUGUUGCUAGCCUCUGUGUUGUACAACUAAACAUUGCUGUUUGAACAAUAA